GAACUUUUUUUUGGUGUAAUAUUCUGCUGUAGUCAUAGUUGGUUUAGAGCUCAUGAUGCUUAAGAUGCUUAAGGUGCAGAUGGAUUAGUGUAAUUCAAGACUUGCGUACAAACCAAAAGUUAUUCGAGUCGCGACCACGUAACUGGCGUAGACGUUCGAAACGGUUGGAAAAGUCCAUCGCAGCCGCCAUCGAAGCAUGACGUCACUUCUCUCACGUGACUUCCUCAGGCGGGAGUCGGGCACAUGAGACGGCGCCAUUGUCCCCCUACUUGAUGCGUGCUGAAUUCAAGACAAUCGCCUCACUUUUUCGGACCGUACCGUGCCCUAGGCGCGUGCAAAAGGACGCCGAAAGUCGUGUCACGCCGGACGCCAGCACAAACCGCACAUCGUAGCACGUCCGACCGUUCUCCGCGUCACCGAGACCGUUUUGUGUGAUGCCCCGCAGUGUUCACAUUUCUUCCAAGAUGGCCUCCCUACAGUCGUGCUGUGUGUGAGGUGGUGUGGGUACCGCGGUGGGGAUAUUCUGCCUUCGUGGACAGCAGUCCUUUAUCGGGCGGACUCCUCUAGAACAAUUGGGUGCUUUUUAGAUCUCGGUUUCGCGUUCACGUUGGUAGCGAGUUUCUGGAGAUGCAACGUAUGAAAAGCCAAGGAAAUUCAGUGACGAACGGCCCCAAGGAAAUGGUGAAGGAUGAAGAGUUUGACUCGUGGCGCAACCAGAACCAGGCCCACUCGGCUCAGCAGCAGCAGCAGCAACAGCAGGCGCAGCAGCAGGCUCAGCAGCAAGCCCAGCAACAGCAGCAGCAGCAGACAUACAACCCGCACCUGUCGACCUCCAACCUCGGAGAGCCCUACAUCCCGAGCUACUAUGCCUCCAUGUCCUUCCCCUACCUGAACCAGGGGCUGGGUGAUGGAGCUUGGAGCAAUGGAGGCGACCCAAUCAACUUCUUCGGCUCGUACAGCAGCCAGAUGGGUGCCGGCGGGGAGCAGCCACCGCAUUACGUGGAUGGCGGCGCCGGCAUGUUCAGCCAGAACAGCUUCGCCGGCUACGGGCAGGGCUUUGGCUUCUUCCCCGGCAGCGACUACUCAACAUGGGGCACUGCACCGAGCUCUGGCCAGCAGCAGCAGCAAGCAGCGAGCAAGGCGUACCCCGACGAGUACUACCGCGGCUACGAGGAGACUGUGGACCGCGGCCUCAAGCAUCUGGAGCAGGGCAUACGGUCGUUGGCCCUUGGCGACAAAGACUUUCCUCCCAAGGAGGCAUAUGCCAAGGGCCUCGAUGGCAUGGGGGCCAAGAAGUUCCAGGGGGACAAGAAGAUGUCGUGGGCCUCAGUGGCCAGCCAGCCGGCCAAGCCAAAGGUGCUGAAGAGCAAGUCCCCGCUGCUGCCACCGGCCCCCGGUGGCGGCGGCGGCAAGCACCCGAUGGACAUCGGCACCUGGGAGGGCAAGAACGGCGCUAAGCCGAGGGGAGGCGGUGCGCCGUGGACCGGGGUGGCCCCGGCGUCGGCACCUUGCGACGGGAGCUACGCACCGACACACCCGGUGCUGGAGAAGCUGCGCCUGGAGAACAACUACAACCCCAAGGAGUUUGACCUGGAGCCCAAGGGGGCACGCUACUUCAUCAUCAAGAGCUACUCGGAGGACGACAUCCACCGGUCCAUCAAGUACUCCAUCUGGUGCUCGACGGAGCACGGCAACAAGCGUCUGGACGCGGCCUACCGGGACGUCCAGGGGCCCGUGCUGCUGUUCUUCAGCGUGAACGGCUCGGGCCACUUCUGUGGCAUGGCGGAGAUGGUGUCGCCCGUGGACUACUCGGCCUCUUCCUCGGUCUGGGCACAGGACAAGUGGAAGGGCCAGUUCCGGGUGCGCUGGGUGUACGUGAAGGACGUGCCGAACUCGCAGCUGCGGCACAUCCGGCUGGAGAACAACGAGAACAAGCCCGUGACCAACUCAAGAGACACGCAGGAGGUGCCCCCGGAGAAGGGCCGCCAGGUGCUCAAGAUCCUGCACGGCUUCCGACAUACCACGUCCAUCUUCGACGACUUCCUGCACUACGAGAAGCGCCAGGAGGAGGACGAGCAGAGGGACUUCCCCACCGUGCCUCUGGCCCCGCCCCCGCCCCAGCAGCAGGAGCCGGGGCUUUUGUCGAACUUGGACCAUUUAAAAGUGCCGGAACCCAUGAAAGAAAACAAGCAGAUGCAGAUGCCAAGCAGUAACCACCACAUGCAAUCGAGGUACCACCACCAGCAGGCAUGGUAAGGCAGGUUCGCAGUCCCGAGGCCCCGGCAUCCCUCGAAACCUUCCCCCGGUGUUGCCUCCCUCCCUACCUUCCUCCCGUCGUCGCGGCGGCACCCAGACAUCGCUGCGGGGGACGCUUCGCCACGAGUGUCGUCGGCCUCCGUGUGGUUCUGCCGUGCGUGUGUGUGCGUGUGCGCGUGUGUUUGGUGUGCCCUCCCACCUGCCCGCCGUCGGGACGCGGGGCCUGCCCCCUCCGUUCGUGUUUCCUACGAGGGGCCUUCCCUUCUCCCUUGCCCAAUUCUGCCGGGUCCGUUCGUCGAAAGGAGGGGGUCGCAGCAACGGGUUAGGAGAAAAGGGAUUCGGGGAUCGACGCAUUGCCAUCCUGAGCCGACGGGCUUGCUUUCUUUCUCUUUUUCUUCUCCGCGUCGCUGCGAACUUUCGCCCGUGUCGCUUGCCGUAUUUUCCCGUCGCUGUCUCUCUCUCUCUCUCUUUCGCUACCUUAACGGUUCUUUUCCGCCGCUGGAGGCUAGGUUCUUUACGCCGGUAUCGUGUGGGGGGAGGGGGUGGGGAGGGUUAAGGAGACUUGUAGGUGGGGGUUCAAGGGUAGGGAUCAGCAGGGGUUGCUUUUGGGUCGCGCUUGGCUUGGCUUUCUUCCAUGAAGCAGUUUCUUUUCCCUCGAGGACCGUUUUUUUGCUUUCUCCGUCUGUUGUGUUCGGUGGGAGGGGUUAGGUUAAGCGUCGCCAGCCGCCAAUUGUUUAGUAGAGGAAUAAAAAAAAAAAAAAAACGACGACGACGGAACGGACAGG